GAAGAUGGCGGAGGGGCUGGAGCGCGUCCGCGUCUCGGCCGCCGAGCUGCGGGACAUGGUGGCUGCGCAGGCCCGCGGAGGAGAAAACAUGAAGGAAGUAAAGGAACCAAGGCAUCGUAAAGACAAUAGGCGCCCAGACCAGGAGAUUUACAAGCCUGGUCUCUCCCGACUGAGGAGCAAGGUAGUGCUGUCUAAGCAGGAGGCCACAGAGAAGGAGAAGAGCAGAGCUGAGGAGAGUGCCAGUGACAAGGGCCUUUUGGGAGGAGGGACUCCAGCCCUAGAGGAUUUUGGCAGAGCUGGUGGCCCCAGGCAGAACAGUCCUUUGCAGGAAAGUGAAGAGACAGAGGCUAAAGAGGGUCUUCACAGCCAGGAGAACUUGUCCAAGCAGCCUGCUCCAGAUGAGUGGUGUCCCAAGUCCACCAGGAGAACCAAGAAACCAGACCAGCAGAUCUACCAGCCUGGGAAACGCCUGCACCCAGCUGCCAAGGACCCGUCCCUGUGCUCGGCUGCUGAAGAGGUCACCAGCAGGAUGGAGCAGCUGAGAGUCGAGAGAGACGAAGAGACUGAGAAAGGUACCGGAAAAGACAAUCACAGGAAAACCAAAUCAAACAAGGAGGAUAGAGGGGGGAGCCUGGCAGGGGAAGGAGCCAAAGCCUCGAGGGGAGAAACGGGAAAGCGACCGGAGCGCAGGAGAACAAGCGAGGAGGCGCUGCAGGGGAAGCUGGGCUGCCCCAAGCGCUACUCCCGCUCCGACAAGCGGCGCAGCCGGUACCGCACCUGCAGCACCAGCUCCGCCGGGAGCAGCAACAGCGUGGAUGGAGCCCCACUGGUGGAUGGGGUGGAGAGGAGGCAGGAGCGUGCCAGGGAGAGGAUGCGUCCUAGGAAGCAGCUUUCCGCCUCCUCCACUGACUCCUUGGAUGACGACAGGAUCGAUGAGGCAGAAGCGUAUGUCUCCAGCAGGAAUCUGGAGAAGAAAAAGCUUAGUCGAGCUUCUAGGAGCGAGAGCGAGUGGAGCAGCAAUGGCAGGGAAGUCAAGGGGCACUUUCGAGUCACGUUUGACAGCAAAACCAUGAGCAGGGAUGUCAGUCUGGUAGAGACAGAGAAAAAAAAGCCCCCGAAGGCGUUUGUUAGUUACAAUGACUCAGAGACUUCGGAGGCGAGGAGCCAGAGCAGAGAGCCCCAAGGGAGGGGCCGUGGGAUUCUGUUCCUGCCUGCCAACACGGACCUCUCUGCCAGCAGCGCAGGCUCCCCCGAGCCCACCCACCCUGGGCCCAGGCUCCUGCUCGGGGGGGCUGGCAGCAAAGGCCCCCGAAGCCGCGGCCGAGGCGGCACCGCUCGCAGGCUGUGGGACCCCAACAACCCGGACCAAAAACCUGCCCUGAAAAGCCAGACCACUCAGCUGCACUUCCUAGACACGGACGAUGAAGUGAGUCCCACCUCCUGGGGCGAAGCCCGCCAGGCCCAGACAUCCUACUAUAAGUUCCAAAACUCUGACAAUCCCUAUUAUUACCCUCGGGCCGCUGGCCAAGGCCCCCAGUAUCCUUACGGGGGGUACUCCCUGCAGUAUCCCAUGGGUCCAAGCAAUGGUGUGUACCCAGGAGCCUAUUACCCCGGGUACCCCAGCCCAGUGGGGCAGUACAUGUGUGGCCCACUCCCUCCCACGCCUCUGAGUCCCGAAAUGGAGCAGCAGAUGCGGAACAUGCAGCAGCAGGAGCUCAGCAAGCUCCUCCGCGAGGCUGGGAACCAGGAGCAGCAGCUCAGCAAUCUGCUUUCCAGAGACCGCAUCAGCCCGGAGGGGCUGGAGAAGAUGGCCCAGCUGAGGGUGGAGAUGCUGCAGCUGUACGAGCGCUGCAUCCUGAUGGAUAUCGAGUUUUCCGAUUCCCAGAACGUGGAUCAGCUGCUGUGGAAAAAUGCCUUUUACCAGGUGAUUGAGAAGUUCCGACAGCUCCUCAAGGACCCCCAGGGCGAAAAUGCCCAAGAAAUUCGGAACAAACUGCUCCAGCUUCUAGAUGAGGGCACUUCUUUUUUUGAUGGCCUGCUCCAGAAGCUUCAGGUGUCCUACCAGUUCAAGCUAGAGGACUACAUGGAUGGGAUGGUCAUCCGCAGUAAACCCCUGAGGAAAAUGGUGAAGUACGCGCUGAUCAGCGCCCAGAGGAGCAUGAUCUGUCAAGGGGACAUCUGCCGGUACCGGGAGCAGGCCAACGACACCGCCAACUACGGCAAGGCGCGCAGCUGGUACCUGAAGGCUCAGCAAAUUGCUCCCAAAAACGGCCGCCCCUACAACCAGCUGGCACUUCUGGCCAUCUACACGAGGAGAAAGCUGGAUGCUGUCUACUAUUACAUGCGUAGCCUGGCUGCCAGCAACCCCAUCCUCACAGCCAAGGAGAGCCUGAUGAGCCUGUUUGAGGAGACAAAACGCAAGGCUGAGCAGAUGGAGCAGAGGAAGCAUCAGAUGCUGGAUCUGAGCCCCAGCUGCCGGGUGAAGGGCAAGAAGUCCAUGCUGCGACAGGUUGGAGAUGAUGCCACCAGGCUGGAGAUCUGGAUCCAUCCCUCCCACCCCCGCUCCUCCCAGGGCCACGAGUCCGGCAGGGAUUCGGAGCAGGACAAUGGUCUCGGGAACCUCAGCCCCAGCGACCUGAACAAAAGGUUCAUCCUCAGUUUUCUCCAUGCCCAUGGGAAGCUGUUUACCAGGAUUGGGAUGGAGACUUUCCCUGCGGUGGCCGAGGAGGUCCUGAGGGAGUUCCAGGUCCUGCUGCAGCACAGCCCCCCUCCCAUCGGAAGCAACCGCAUGCUCCAGCUUGUGGCAAUCAACAUGUUUGCAGUGUACAACUCCCAGCCCAAAGAGUGCAUCGCUGAAGACUGCCGCUCUGUCAUCCAGGAACAGGCCACGGCCCUGGGGCUCUCCAUGUUUGCUCUCUUGGUGAGGAGGUGCACCAGCCUGCUGCGGGAAUGCCUGCAAGCUCAGCCACGAGAGGUGGAACAGGAGGAUGAGGAGGAUGACAUCAAGGUCUCUGUCUUGCCCCAGGACCUGAAGGAACUGCUCCCUAGUGUGAAGGUCUGGUCAGACUGGAUGCUUGGCCACCCAGACACCUGGAAUCCUCCUCCGACUUCUCUCGAGCUCCCAAAACAGGUCUCAGUAGAUGUGUGGGCGACGCUGGCUGACUUCUGUAACAUACUGACCACAGUGAAUCAGUCGGAGGUGCCCUUGUACAAGGACCCAGAUGAUGACCUUGCCCUGCUCAGCCUGGAAGAGGAUCGGCUGCUCUCGGGCUUCAUUCCCCUGCUGGUUGCCCCCCAGGAGCCCUGCUACGUGGAGAGGACCUCGGACAAGGUUAUUGCAGCCAACUGCAAGAGGGUCACAGUUCUGAAGUAUUUCCUGGAAGCCCUUUGUGGACAAGAAGAGCCUUUGCUGGCAUUCAAGGGUGGAAAAUAUGUGUCAGUGGCACCCGUCCCAGACACCAUGGGAAAGGAAAUGGGAAGCCAAGAGGGAAAACAACUGGAAGAUCAGAAGGAAGACGAUGUGAGGAUUGAGGCAUUUGAAGAUGAUUCUGAGGCUGAAGUCAGCGGAGGAGAGAUGGACAUCAAGGAGCUCAGAGCCAGGAAGCAAGCCCUGGCCAGGAAGGUAGCUGAGCAGCAGCGUCGUCAAGACAAGAUUCAGGCUGUGCUCAAAGACCAGAGUCAAAUGAGGCAGAUGGAGCUGGAGAUCAGGCCUGUCUUCCUGGUCCCGGACACCAACGGCUUCAUCGAUCAUCUCAGCAGCUUGAUAACCCUGCUGGACUGCAGGAAAUUCAUCCUGGUGGUGCCCCUGAUCGUGAUAAACGAGCUGGACGGCCUGGCCAAGGGCCCGGAGAUGGAGCACCGGGCUGCAGGCUAUGCCCGCCAAGUUCAGGAUAGAGCCAGGAAGUCCAUCGAGUUCCUGGAGGAGAGAUUUGAGACCCGGGACAACUGCUUGAGGGCUCUGACCAGUCGAGGCAAUGAGCUGGAGUCCAUCUCCUUCCGUAGCGAAGACACCACUGGCCAGCAGGGAAACAACGAUGACCUGAUUCUGUCCUGCUGCCUCCACUAUUGCAAUGACAAGGCCAAGGAUUUCAUGCCCUCCAACAAAGAUGAUCCCAUCCGUUUGCUCAGGGAAGUGGUUUUGCUGACAGAUGAUCGGAACCUGCGAGUCAAAGCGUUGACCCGCAACGUGCCGGUGCGGGACAUCCCCACCUUCCUCAAGUGGGCCCAGGAGGGCUGAGGGGGGGCCCGAGCGGGGCAAACAGCCCCCUGAGCGAAUCACGCAGCCUGUUACGGUUGGAGACCAGCUUCAGUGGCAGCCCUCACCACGUGCUGCCACCACCUUCCAGCCCACCACGAACAAUAAACGCCACGUCUUCAACCCACCCCAGAAUGGCCGUGCUGCGAAGGGCCCCCCCACCCCGAGGGCAAACCAGCUGGAAAGGUCAUUGCUGUGGAAGGUUCACGCAGAGGUUGGGCCAUUGAGGGUCCCACCAGCCUUUGGGCAGUGCCAGGGCAGAGCUGGCGAGCCCCUCUGGUGAGGGAAGCUUUGGGUGAGGCCACGCUGGGUCGCCAGCCUUUCGCUUGGUUUGCUUGGUUGCAGAGAGCUCGAGUCAGGAGUCGGUGGCUCUUCAGGUUUGUAGGGCAGAGACCAGGGACAAGCCAGCGCAGACUUUGGGAUUGCUUAGUCUAGCUUGUGCCCCCUGUAGAGGCCGUGGACUUCAAGGGCGGGUUCCCUCCUGCCCCAGCCUGUUGGUCCUGCGUGGCCCAGGCCGCCCCAGCCCACUAGCCCCUUCCCCACCCCGUUCCCACCCCCCGCAGGGGUUGCUGCUUGCGGAGACACUUUGUCCUCUCCCUGGUGCAGAGUUUGCUUGUUGCAGUUCAUUUCAGAUUUCAUAUAGGUUGAUUUUCAGGUGUGUGCCCUGCCUGCUUCGCUGGGGGAAAGCUUUGAACACCCCGAGCCCCUCACCCAGCUGCUUUAUGUUCUGCUCCCCUGCCCAACCCUUCCCCAAACCCCUCAGUCCCACUCUCUUACCUUUCGGCAUGCUUUUUCAAGUUAAGAAUCAGCACGAGGCUAACAAAAUCCUCUGGGCCCAGGAGGACCAGCUGUUCCACAGGUCCUGUGUGUCCUCUUCUGUGUGGGAUUUGACUUCUGCCCGUGGCUGCGGGGCUGGAGAGAGCCAGGGCAAUGCCCAGUCCAUCACCACUUGCCCAGCUGGAAGGAUCCUUCUCCAGUUGCCCCUUUGCUGUGGAGGGAGCCGUGAAGGGACCCAUUGCUUCAUCACUGGGUCAGGGCGUUGCUGAGCCCUCUCCACACCACGUUGUCCCACCACCAAUCGCUUCCUUCCCCAGCCCAGUUAUGCACCAGAUACAGAAGCUUAAGAGGGAGCAUUAACCCAUGAACCAGAGUCCCUGGAGCUCUGAAAAGUCUGAGUCCCACAAGCAGAAGCUGGGAGUGACCCCAAGGCUGCCCCAGGCCCUGCUGGGGUGCACGGCCGUGGGAGGGGAACGUCCAAGGUGGCGGAGGAAGCUGUAGGACAGAGCCCAGCGUUUUCCUUCCCUGCGUGGGUGGCUCGGACUCGGUGUCUGCAUCAGGAAGCCCAGUGUUACCCCUGUGCUGCCUCCGGGCCUCACGGCAAGGGCCAGUGCUGAGGCUGGAGCCUUGGCAGCACCCGGCUGUGGUGUCUGCUGCGGGGCAGAGCCUGUGACAGAGACUCUGGGGGUGCACCCACCUGCUGCAGGGCACACUGAGCCCACCAGGACCAUGUCACACACAGCACCCACACUCCACUGCAGUGCCCGUGGCUGGGUGCAGCACAUAGACUGCCUGCUCCUCCAUGCUGGGUGUGUUUAAAUGUUUGUUUUCCAAUGGAGCCGCCCCAGGGCUCCUUUCCAGACCCUUCCCAAAGUACCGCCAGCUCAGAGGGACCUGCAGCUCUGCUGGACACCAACCCCUCUCGUCGUGGCACAGGCUCAGCCAUGGGACAGAGGUCUUGCUGCCACCAGACCAGCUGGCAGAAGGGUGAAUGGGACGUUGCUGGCUUGAGUGCCCUGAGCCUGGGGCUCUGGGUGCCAGGCUCCUGCCCUGAGCCUACAGUGGCUUUGGGAGGCGGCCGCCUUCAGGCUGUUUUGUUAAAAGGUUCAGGCUGUUUUGUUAAGAUGGUUUUAAUAAUUUUUAGUAUUAAACACUUGUCUGUGCA